CACCUCCAAAAAUGAUUAGUCUGACAUUAUAAACGCUAUGUGGACAUUAACACACCUCUUUGGUCAAACCUACGAGAAAAAUACUAUAAAACCGAGAUAAAUUAAGGAGCAGCAACAACAACAGCAACUGAAUAAAACAAGGAGGUGGUGAUGUGACGUCACCGCAAACGGUCACUGAGUUUCCAGACAAGAAACAAGAGAGAUUAUUGCAGUUUUGCUCUCGCGAGUCACAGGUGUGAGCUAUUUUCUUUAUAAUUUUGUGGAAGUCAUUUAUUAGGCAACUCUAGGUUUGAAGGUACAAUGAUGGAUCAAUCCAAUUUUACAGUGAGCCCUCUCAAUCACAACUCAUCUGAGUAUGAAUAUGACUAUUAUGACUAUGAAGAGAAUACGGAGCUUGCGAAAUCUCUUAACAUCAUGUCACUCAUAGUCUACAGUCUGGCUUUUGUACUUGGAGUGGUGGGCAACGGCAUUGUGAUUUGGGUAACUGGAUUCAAAAUGAAAAGGACAGUCAACACGGUCUGGUUUUUGAACCUCGCUGUAGCAGAUUUCCUCUUCACUGCCUUCCUCCCACUCAGCGUGGCUUAUACGGCUAUGGGCUUCCACUGGCCUUUUGGCCAGUUUAUGUGUAAAUUCAACAGCACUCUCAGUUUCCUCAACAUGUUUGCCAGUGUGUACAUCCUGGUUGUGAUCAGUGUUGACCGCUGUGUGUCUGUGGUGCGUCCGAUCUGGGCACAGAAUCAUCGGAAUGUGAGCCGUGCUUCUGCGGUGAGCUUUGGAGUUUGGUUAUUUGCCCUGGUGUUGAGCUCACCCUACUUUGUCUUCAAGGACACUGCACCCGACCACAGCAGCCCAAACGUAAUCAACUGCUUCAACAACUUUGCAUUAUCCGACGACUAUGAGACACCAGAGGUGGUGGCGCUCCGUACUCUACGGCAUCGUGCCAUGAUCAUUACUCGUUUCCUCAUUGGCUUUGUGGUGCCAUUUGUCAUCAUCGUUUCCUGCUAUGCGGUCAUCAUCCAUCGUCUCCAAAGAAACCGUUCAAUGUCUGGCCGAACUGGACGUCCCUUCAAGAUCAUUGCCGCUGUGAUCACUGCCUUCUUCCUGUGUUGGUCACCGUACCAUAUCCUGGUGCUUAUUGAGAUGGUAAACCACAUGAGAACUAAAUUCAGCUCCACCCUGCAAUAUGUCACCACUGUUGGAAUUCCCAUUGCGACCAGUUUGGCUUUCCUAAACAGCUGCCUGAACCCAUUGUUGUAUGUUUUCAUGGGACAAGACUUUAAAGACAAGGUGCGCAAGUCAAUCCUGAAGGUUUUGGAAACCGCUUUCACAGAGGAAGUUUCACGCACAAAUACCUGCACAAAUUCACUGCCCACCAUUCGCAACAAAGAGAACGGGAGCAAGUCCUUCUCUGAUGCGGAAGUAUAACAGUAUAACAUACAUGAAGCACUUUUUCUAAUGGAGGACUUUACAACGUGUCUCAUGUGGAUUUAAUGUCAUCAUAAAUAAAAGUGAGACACAUUAACCUGAAGAAACUGGACCAAAAGAAAUUCUGUUAGUUUGUAGCUUUAAAUUAAAACACUGCCUUGCUGUUAUGGGGAAAUGCUUAAUGCAGAAUUAUUAUUUACAUAUGUGGGUGUACACCUACUUAACCAUAUUUGGAGACAAAUUUGUAGAAAACCAGAAACCUUCUUUUGGGGAAGUUCUCAUUUUUAAGAACAGUAUAAAAAAUAAAGUAAAAUAGGGUUCCAGCACUCCAUGCUUGGACACCUUAUAAAGUGUUUUAUUGUAAAAAUGCAGAACGUUUUCUGUUAGGAUUAGCUUAUAGUAUUUAUAAACGGCAUUAUAUAAAAACAAUAGAAGUCAAUGUAAAGUCCGUAUUUAGUAAACGUGUGUGUGUGUGUGUGUGUGUGUGUAUGUAUGUGUUUGAGAGAGAAAGAGAUUUAAUGGUAUACCCAUAAAGUAUUUGACAAAUAUAUAUUGAACUUGGUAUCGUAUGCCAUAUAAUUUAAAAUGAAGUUUUUCAUGUAUUGUGCAUGUGAUGCAAGUAGCUUUUUUUUAUGUUAUUUCUUUACUGUAUAACUACUGUCUGCACAUUUUUUUUAAUAAUUCAUCUCUUAUUUCAUAUUAAAAAUAGCAUUAAGUUUAUUGAUGUAUUUCAAAGACUAACCAUAAAGCUGAAUAAACUUUAUUAAGCUUA